AUGGGAACCGCCGCCUCGGUGGCCGCCGCCGCCGCCGCCCCGUCGGCGGCGGCGCCCGCGGCCGCUGCCACACCUGCGGCGGCGCCGCGGCAGCGUACGGGCUUCAUCACCAUGCGCCAUGCUUCAGCAGCUCCGGCCCCGGAGGCGGCGGAGAAACGGCGGGGAGGAGCUGUAAUUCGCCGCCACGCUCCUCCGCCGCUACGCCGACCGGCUUUGGGGUCCUCGGCCCCUCCGCCGACCAGCCCCCCGCGGGCGGGCGCUCCCCGGGUGACGGCGCCGCAGGCCGACACGCGGCGGGCCGGCGUGGUGGUCCGUCGUCACGAUCCUCCGCCGGCCGACGCGCGGCGGGGGGGCGUUGUGGUUCGCCAUCACGACUCCGGCGCCAGGCGAGCUUCGGCUUCUUCACAGGAUCCGGCGCCUUCUCUCCGUGACUCGGCGGGGCGGCCGUCUCCGACGCCAGCGCCACGGGUAGCGGCGCCGCGUGCACACCAGCCACGCGAGGACCUUCGAGAGCCGACGACGUCGCGGGGUCAAUACGUGCGCCGGCACACAUCGGUGCCCGCGCUCGACUUUGCCGCCGAAGAGGAGCGGCUUCGCCGCGGUGGAACGGUCGCCUCGGGUCAGCCACAGCAACCCCGCGGGCGGCACUGGUCCGACAAUCUCCAUGUGCCGCGUGACACCCUUUCCGGUGAGAUCGGCAGGAGGACGCUGCUGGACGAACAGCUGGGUAUUCGACUUCACGACGCGGAACGGGCGUGUGCCGGGUCGGGAUGGACGGACCCCGAGUUGGGGGACGCUUACACGCGGGCCCGCUCGGACUUCAGCGACAACCGCCGCCGCUUGUGGGAGCUGGAAGAAACCUGCGAUCGGCGUGAAGGCCGGGCGCGCGCGUGGGGUCCUCCUCGCGAUUGGGAAAUGCUGCGGGCGGUGGAGGCGGCAGCGGCGGCCGAUCGUCGGGAGCCGCCGUCGCCGGGCCGCGAUGGUCAGCGUGAGCGUCACCGCCGCUCCAACAAACGCUCGCGGCGGCAGCACAAUCGCUCCUGCCGCGAUAGUUCUUCCUCUUCUUCGUCGUGGUCGUCGGGCGGCUCGGGGGACGACCGGGAUGAGUGGGGGGCGCCGCGGCGCCGGUCGAGGCCGGCGGAGCGAGAGGCUGUCCAUCACGUGCGGGCCUCGAGUUCUCGCCGACAGGGCGCCGCGAGUGGUGGGGGGAAGCAGAGCACGGGGUCGGGGAAGGGAGGCGAACGCGGGAGUCGGCGUUCGGGGGAGGACGAGCGGGAGCGUCGACACAGCCGAGCGUCGUCUUCGAGAGGGUCGGAGGCCGGUGGAGCUUCCAGGGCUUCGAGACUAACCCGUGUGCCGUGUUCUUUGUCCCCCAGCUCACGAUCCCCUUCCCCACCCCCUCACAACCCGAAGGUAGCCUCUAAGCUCAUGGCACUCAAUGUGCACCGCAUGUUUCAGCAGUAUGUGCGGCCACGCCUACCGUUGCCUGCCGGCAACACGUGGACGGCCCUAGUUACGUUGGUAGGUCGGCUGCGCCAUGUAGUCCGGCAAGGCCGACAGGCCUGCGGUGAUUUCCAUGCCACCGCGUGGGCGCCAGAGUGGACGUCACUCGCUCAACAAUUUCUAGUGAGCUGUGUAGCGACAGAAAGUGGAGAAGGGCCGGUCAACAAAAUCUUGUCCAUCGGCCGGGACCUCGACGACACAAUCAGAGAUAGAAAGUUCAACGGCCCACAAGGGUUUGCCGAGCUGGUCAGCCAACUCACAAAGCGGUUCACGAGCUUCCAGGUCAAUUCCAUACCGAUCAUGUUGGCACAAUUCUCCGUUCCGAUCAACACGCCCCUGCAAGAUUGGAUAGUCCAACUAAAAGAACUCGUAGAAGGGUUGUCGUGUUUCGGGGACUCGUGCCCGACAGACGCACAAAUCGUCUCAACCGCCAUUGAAGGUCUGGCCGUGCAGUACCCAGAGAUAUCCCUCUUCGUGAAGCCCAAACUUAAGAAAGCGGUGACUCUGGCGAACAUGUGGAAGUGCUUUCGGGAUGACGAGAUAGACGAGAGUAACGCCGUAGCCAACGCACCCCCUACUUUAGGAACGGUGUCCGCCAGAUCAACACAUUCUCACCAACCAAGGGUCCACGCGGUCGUGAGGGGUCGCUCGUAUGAAACCUUGCCCCCUGGGCGCGAGUAUGAAUUAAGCAGCGACGAGGAAGGAUACCAACGUACAUCUCGGUACCUGUACCCCGUGCUCGGUAAGGGAUCAGACAAGAACACAUCUACGUCGAACACCUCUUCGUUCCGCUUCUGGAAAUACUCCGCUGAUUCGGUAGAGGGGGCCAAAGCUAAAAGCCAGCUGCCGCGUGACGCCUGCUACAACUGCGGUCGCACCGAUCACUUCCUGCGUGAUUGCCCUGAGUGCUUCAAGAAUGAGUGUGGUAUGUUUUGCGAUUCGUUCGGGGAGGGCAGCCCCGAGUUGGUUGAAGAAAGAUGGCAAGCCAAGCUCCGUAGCCUGAAAAGGAAACAACGAGCGAGGGGUCCCUCUCUGUACCCGGGAAAAUAG